GUUUUAAUAGUGUGUUUUAUCGGGUUUGUUUCUCAGGUGGUGAACGAUGAGCAACAACUCUCAUUGGUUGGACUGCUGCUUCUUGAUGAUCUACGUUCCGUGCCAGAAGAAACCAAGGAAUCGAUUAAGGCUGCCGUCAAUGCAUUGGUGCAAAAACGUGUCGAACCUUACAAAUUUGAACAGUCACCUGUGGAUCCCACUGUUACUAUCCAUGCUUCAAUCAUGAAUGAGACUUUGCAAAAGAGCAUGAAGACUGAGAACUUAGGCGAUCCUGAUACUGCAUUCGUAUAUAUGGUUCUUCAGGACCUUGAUAUGAUUCUUGAUGAAAGAGACAGAGACGAGUGUGAGAUCUUGAUAACCAAGCCAGACUUCCAGGAAGUGAACGAUGAAUCUCAAAUACCAGCCUAUCAGGGUAAAACAGACAUCAAUCAGUCUCUACCCAUGCAAGCAAACAUGAAGUCAUCAAUGAUCAGGAGUAUGGUGGCAUGCCACCCACUGGCUACUGCCUUACGUGAGAAACUAGUGAAGAAGCCAACCGAUAGAACAGCGAUACGCAACGCUAUUUCUCAAAUCAUUCUGGAUUUUCAGGAGACAGGGCACCUGGGACUAGAGGUCAGCAGUUAUUUGAAUUGCAGUACCGUUAUGUUGCCGGGUAUCAAUGCUUCAUCGUAUGCACAUGAAGUCGUAGAUGAAGAGGUUUCACGACUUGUUGCUUUCUGGACCAGUAAGAUUGUGAAGCUAGACAAUGGCGUCAACAAUCGCAUCAAGAAGUAUUUAUUUCCUCUCAAACCAAGAAAUGUCAACAAGAGUUCAGAUUCACAACCAGUCGUAAAAACUCGGCAGGAAGAGGACGAGAUUCCAGACAUUCCCUCGACAGCAAAGCUUCUCGGAGACAAAAUGCCGAGAUAGCGAAGAGUCUAUUUACUGCAUACCUCCUAUUACCUGAAUUCAUGUCAAGCUAUUAAAGGGGAAGUCCACCUAAAAUCGUUGUAAAUUCAGUAGAAGCGCAAACAGUCGAGAAACAGAUAAGUAAAUGUUUGAGCAAAACCUGAAAAAUAUGGAAGGUAUUAAUUGUUGGAAGUCGCAAUCGAUCAAACAUAUCUUGACAACUUGUUAAUGCAUCUUGCAAGUUCUCCUCCAUUUUGCUCUUUUCUACACAAAAGAAGAAUCAACAACUUUUUAUUUCUAGGAACUAAAAAGUUCUAAUCGUGCAUGCACCCUAGUUACUAUCUUUACACAAAAUAAUGUUACACAACCCCAGUAUGAUAAAAGAAUCCUUCAUCAACAACUAGGCAAAUGAAAAUUGAUUACAUUUUUGUACAGAAAAAGGGGAUAGGACCUCGAAAGACACGUUUGCAUUGACCAAAACUUAACAAAUUAAUUGCUUCCUUAUUUAUCAGGUUUGCUCAAAUAUUCACCGAUCUGCUUCUCUUUUGUAAUGUUUCCGUUUCUACUGAAACCAACCUCAUAUUUAUUAGUAACAGUUUUCUCACCGUUUGAGAUAAUGGAAAGUGACUUAUUGCAGAAAAUAGACGAUGACGUGGCGUAGGUGAAUACAAAGAUAUUGAAUCUCAUUGCCAAGCAUAUGAGAGAUAAUGGAAGUUUCACUCAUCCUAUUUUGCAUGAUUGUGCUUCAUAUCAGAGGAGAUGGUUUGACAGAAGAGUGCUUUGGUAGAUUAAUACAAAGGAUCGUUCCUUUAAAUCAGAAAAGUUAGCUACUAAUGAAUAGAGGUAUUAGGUAUUGCAGAAGUGAUUACUUUUAAAUUUCGAAGAGUGUAUGUUUUUUUUGUAUAUUUUAUAUUUUAAAAUAUUUUCAUAUGUUAUACAGAAAUUCGUAUGCUAACGUUUAGCUUAUGCUUACCCUCUUUGAGAUUGUGUGUAGUACUUGAAAUACCAUUAAAUUGUGGAAGAAAAAAA